AUGGCUUCCCAGACCCAGCCCCGGGGCGUCGGAUGGCGCUCCAAGCCCUCCUUUGUCAUCGUCACGGUAGCCUUUGGGCUCUUUACCGACCUCGUGCUGUACGGCAUCGUGGUUCCCGUGCUGCCCUUUCUGCUGCGGGACCGCUUCCUCGUGCCCGACGAGCAGCUCCAGCCGUACACAUCGGGCCUGCUCGCCGUAUACUCGGCAUCGUCAGUCUUGUUCCCCCUUCCGGCUGGAUGGAGCGCCAGCCGGGUCGGCUCUCGACGCCUGUUUCUCGCUGGCUUGGCGCUUCUCUGCGCGUCAAGCGCCGCGUUUGCCUUCGCCGGAAGCUUCACCAUCCUCCUAUCCUCGAGGCUUCUCCAGGGCAUGUCGACUGCCAUUGUCUGGACGGCCGGGCUUGACAUGGUCCAAGACACCGUCCCGCCUGGCCAGAUCGGAGAGGCCAUUGGAACGAUAUUCGCCACCAUCUCGGCCGGUGAACUCGUCGCGCCCAUGGCGGGCGGCGUCAUCUACGAGUGGGCCGGCACCCAUGGCAUCUUUGGCAUCUCGGCGGCGCUCCUGGUCGUCGACUUUGCUAUGCGUCUACUCGUCGUGGACAGCAAGACGGCAAUCAAGUAUGGCGCCGGCGACGCCAACGACGCCAACGACGCCAACCAUGACGGCGAUGACGGCGAUGAUGGCGACCAAGAUCAAGAGAGGUACAAGAUCCGUGGCGACGUAGUUGGCAUAUUCAAGACACUGCCAAUCCUGCAUUGCUUCCGAGAGCCUAGGCUUCACGUGGCCAUGACUCUCUCGCUGGUGCAGGCUCUCCUUAUCGGGGCUCUCGACGCGACAGUGCCGAUCGAGGCUGAAUCCCUGUUUGGAUUUUCAUCACUACAGGUAGGCCUCAUCUUCACGGCCCUCAUGACGCCGUACCUGGCCCUGGGUCGCCUUGCCGGCCAGGCCGUGGACCGGUACGGCACCCGCACCGUCACGACCCUGGGCUACCUAUAUCUGGCCCCUUGUCUGGUGCUGCUGGGGCUGCCCGGCCAGCACGUCGUCUCGGGCAAGUACAACAACAUUUCCCUCUUCUGCCUGGCGCUGGCCAUGAACGGCGUGGGCCUCGCCGCCGUCAGCUCCCCGGCGUUUGUCGAGGCCAUCGACAUCGUUGGCAAAUACGAGUCGGCCAACCCGGAACUCUUUGGCGUCAACGGGCCGUACGCGCAGCUGUUUGGGUUCAACUCGAUGUACUUUUUUGCCGGGCUGGGCAUCGGGCCCAUCUUGGCUGGCGCACUGCGAUCUCAGUUUGGAUUCCUGAACAUGGGCGUCGCGUUUGCGGCCAUGUCGGCCAUGACCUCUGUUGCGUCGUUUUUCAUGGUUGGUCCCCGGCGAGGGGACUGCCAUUAG